CGAACAAAUAUUUACAUGAGUCUGUACCACAGGAAGUGGUCAUAAAAUGAACCUUGCUCCGCUUUAGUUGUAACCUUGAUAUAGCCAGGUGGUAAAAUCUCACACGGAAUAGUUUGCGUUUUGUACCGACUAAGUAACUUUAAGACGCUCCCUUUUUAUCCAACCUUUGCCCUUAGUCACACGCUAGCUGCUGUACUGUAGCAUGGUGUGGGUGAUAAGAGGCGGACUCUGCACAGCCAGACACACCAACAACAUAAAAACCGUCCUCGUACACUUGCCUCGGCUUGCAUCCUGCAGAAACAUGUCUUCGUCCCCAGUUAAACGGCCAGUUACUUUACUGGGAACCAUGGCGUUCGGGGGACGAGCGGACGCCGAGCAGAGCCGGGAGAUGGUGAAGGCUUUUCUGGACAGGGGGCACAAGCAGGUGGACACAGCCUCCAUGUACGUGGAUGGGAAGUCGGAGGCCAUCAUAGGAGGCAUGGACCUUCCCAAAACAGUAAGCAUAGCAACCAAGGCAAACCCGUGGGACGGGAAAACCCUGAAGCCGGAGAGCGUCCGCUCACAGCUUGAAACCUCCCUGAAGAGACUGAAGACUGACUGCGUGGACCUCUUUUACCUUCAUGCUCCUGAUCAUCAAAACCCCAUCGUGGAAACUCUCAGGGCUUGCAAUGAGCUCCACAAAGAGGGUAAAUUCAAAGAGCUUGGACUGUCAAACUACGCGUCUUGGGAAGUUGCUGAAAUUGCGUGCAUCUGCAAACACAACAGCUGGAUUGUUCCCACUGUUUAUCAGGGAAUGUACAACGCUACAACAAGACAGGUGGAGACAGAACUGCUGCCAUGCCUGAGAUACUAUGGAAUGAAGUUUUAUGCAUACAAUCCUCUCGCAGGCGGUCUCCUGACAGGGAAGUACCACUAUCAGGACAAAGACGGCUCUCAGCCUGCUGGCCGAUUCUUUGGUAACAACUGGGCUGCAGCAUACAGAGACAGAUACUGGAAGCUGAGCCAUUUCCAGGCCAUCGAGUUGGUUCUGAAGGCAUUAGAGAGCGCGUACGGCUCUGAGAAACCCACCAUGACUUCUGCUGCUAUGCGCUGGAUGUACCACCACUCCCAACUCAAGGGUGAUCUUGGAGACGGAGUCAUCAUUGGAAUGUCAAACAUGGAGCAACUUCAGCAGAACCUGGCUGCAGCUGAGGAAGGUCCUCUGGACCAGACAGUGGUCCAAGCCUUCAAGGAGGCCUGGGACCUUGUAGCCCAUGAGUGUCCCAACUAUUUCAGAUGAAGAGACUUGCACCAAAUAGUUUGCCUAUACCAAUAAAAUAUGAUUUUUUUUUUAAAUUAAUAAUCUACAGAUCAGUUUAAGUUCAUGUGUUUUAAACUAAUCAGCUACAAAUCUGUUGGUGUAAAAACACUGCUGUAUAAAUGUAAAAAGCAUUUUCACAAAAUGGCAAGAUUUGAUACCAGUCCAGUGUUUACUGAGCAACUCUGUACAAACAUUAAAUUCAGCAAACCACAA